ACUCAAAAAAAUUAUCGUUUACUUCUUUUUUCAGAUCGGCAACACUCUCGUAUUUCUGUGUGAAUCCAACCUCAGAAUUUUAUUCAUUGUUCGCGUACAUGUGUUAUUUAUUAAAUUUUAAUAAUUUUACCUUAUUAAAAUUCACCUAUCUUUAUCUUGCCUGUGUUUGUUAAAUACUAAUAUGAAAUAUUAACACAAGGCUUGGAAUGCUAGCAAAAUUGUAUUUUAACAAAUUUUAAGAUAAAAUAAUCAUAUAAAUAAUCAUUGUUACAGUAUACUUUAGACAUCAUGGAUUCUUUGAACAAUACAACUAUUUACGACCUCGACGAGAUAAGUGAUGUGUAUAUGUUAGUCAAAUUGAUACUAUACGAUACAUUUAGAUACGACAUCAAAGGCCCUAAAACCAUUCUCAGCCACAGAGAAGAUCUGGUUGUAGGAAAUACAAUCGUUGUGAAAUGCAAUGAUAUUAUUCGUGACGCAAUUAUAGUGCAUAUUUCAAAUGAUAUAGUGUAUUUGCUUAAUUUAAAGAACAAACUUUCGGAGCAAUUUCGUAAAGAGCAAGAAAAGUCUAUAACCAGUAUAAAAGAAAGAGGGAAAAACAUAAUUAAUGCAUCUAGAAAAAUGUAUAGAAAGUACAGUAAACGAUAUAAUGCUGAAAAAGAGAAUUCAAUUUUAUCAAGCAAUGAGACGUUCACAGAUGUUUCAUUAAAGAAAAAAAAAAUGAAGAUGUUUAGUAGAAUGACCUUAAGACCGAAGAAAAAAAACAUAACAGAAGAUCCUUUCAAUUUGUACUCGAGAACGAUGAAGAUGCAAAACAGCGAGCAGGAGCAUGGACGUGUUCCUGAUAUAACUCACCAAGGUCCGACUUACAAUUCACUGUUGUCGACACGUAAGCAGUUUUCAGUUGCCGAUGAUUAUAUAGCGUUAAGCAGCGAUGAGGAUGAUGGACAAGAUGAUUCGAAUAAUCUGUUUGGUUCGAAGAAUAUCUUUACCAGAACGAGCAUAUCGGGUUCCGAAGAUAAUAAGUCAGGUUCCGAAAGUAAACGAACACAAGGAUACCUGAGCAAUAUGUAUGGCCAAAAGAAGAUUAAACAAACAUAAUUGUUAUAAUUUUAAAACGUUUAUACAAUAAUUUAUGUAUAUUUUUUUUUUGUUUAAAUAUUA